AUGGUCAUGUUUAUUCCAUCCCUUCUCGCAGCAGCGAGUUUCUUCUUCCUCCUCUCCUCGGCCUUCCCCAACGAACGCCGCCAGGAAGAAGUGUCCACUGUAUCAUGGCCCGACGGCCCUUUCCGCGUCGAGGGCCGCUGGAUCCUCAACGCCUCGGGCAAAAACGUCACAUACGCCGGUGUCAACUGGUCGGGCCACGGCGAGGCCAUGGUCCCCGAGGGUCUGCAACAUCAGUCGGUCGAAUACAUCGUGUCCAAGAUCAAGAGCGCGGGUAUUAAUGCUAUCCGGCUGACGUUUGCGAUUGAGAUGAUUGACGAUAUUUAUGCCAAGGAUGGCGAUACGGAUCUGGAGACGUCGUUUGUGAAGGCUUUGGGGGAGCAGAAUGGGAAGAAGAUCUUGGCGCAGGUCUUGGAGAAGAACCCGUCGUUUACGGCCAAGACGACACGCCUCGAGGUCUUUGACGCUGUCGCUGCCGAGUGUGCUAAGCAGCAGAUUUACGUCCACUUGGACAACCACAUCUCCAAGGCCAAGUGGUGUUGUGGCGAGACGGACGGCAACGCGUGGUGGGGAGACCGCGAGUUUCCCGUUAACAAUUGGGUCCGCGGGCUCAAGUACAUGGCCGAGCAUGGCAAAAACUGGACAGCCCUCACUUCCAUCGCCCUCCGCAACGAACCCCGCAACCCAUCCAACAACGCCGCAGCAGCAUCAACCUACAACUGGGAGAGCUGGUACAAGUUCGUGCGCCAAGGCACCCAAGGCAUCUUCGAGUCGAACCCCAACGUCCUCAUCUUCCUUUCGGGCCUCAGCUAUGACACGUACAUCGAGCCCGUCUUCCUCGGCACGGCCCUGACCCCAGGCAACGGGCGCUUCAGCCGCGACGACUUCCCCGGCCACGCCGACAAGCUCGUGCUCGAGAUCCACAACUACGAGCGCACCAUCGGCAGCUGCCAGUCGCUCAGCGGGAACCUGUACAAGAAGGGGUUCCAGGCCAUGCACGCCGAGGACCGUGGCACGGUCAAUGUGUUCCCUACCAUGUUGACGGAGUUUGGGUUCCCGCAGGAUGGAAAGGCGCAUAGGGAUGUGUAUGCGCAGUGUUUGUCGACUUACCUUCCUGAGCAGAAGGCGGGCUUCUUUUAUUGGGUGUUGAAUGGGUGCUACUACAUUCGGUCGGGGACGCAGGAGUAUGAUGAGGCUUGGGGGUUGUUGACGGCGGAUUGGAAGGAGUGGAGGGAUCCGGCGUAUAUUAACGGGGCGUUUAAGACCAUGGUUGAGGGCGUCAAGGGGUACUUGGAGUGA